AUGGACCCUGAACACCCAUCGAACCCUCCUCUUUCCUACCCAUCCUCCCCUCCUCUCCCGACUGAUGAAGGUACAGGUGGAGCGAUGAGGGCUCAGGCGGGCGCAGCGCCGCUUCAGGCAGCGCUGUUACAGCCCAAAAGUCCCAACAGUGUGGCUGUCCUGCCUCCAACGGGUCCCGCCGACUCACAAACACCCGUUGUGCCGACACCGCCUCCUCCUAUCACCCCUCGCUCGUCCUUCUCCCGCCAAUUCGCAACUUUUGAGAUCCCCGCCCAGCUCGUCAGGCCCGGUAUGGAGAUGCUGAAGGUCUCGGCGAAGAGUGCGCGGCGGGUCAAGCCGAGACGGGUUUGGCUUGAGUUGGCGAGCGAGACGCCGGAGGAUGGAGAGAUGGGACUUGAGGUCGGGAUCGGGGUUGUUGGCGGUCAGGAUGUGCGGUUGUGCUGGGAGAAGAAUGGGGCGGGUCUCGGUUUCGCUCGGACGCCCACAUACGCUUCCGUCCCGCUCUCCCGUGUCCGCGACCUCCGUUUUGCAGCAGCUGGCUCGCCGUACCGCACGUCCCUUCACCUCCCACCUUCGGUCGAGCCUCGCUGGGCAACCAUCAUCUAUGCAGCUCCAGCCUCGUCCCGCUUCCUCGGCUCAGUCACGGGCGGUCCGACCUACAAACUAGCACACUUCAUUGCCUUGUCGCCGCACGACCUCGACAUCUUGCAGAAGACGCUCGAGGGAUUCAAGGAGGGUCGACUGGCGAAGGGCAUCUCGCAUGAGGAGGGUGAGGCUGAGCAGGCUACGGACGAGCAGGACCGCGUGGUGCGCGAGACGGAAGUGCACCAGCUUUGUGCGCGUCUCGGGAUGGGAAUGAGCAGCUCAGAGAUCAGCGAGGCGUUUCGAACGUCCGCCAGCCCGAACGACUUUCUCGACUUCAAGGCCUUCCAGACAUUCGUCAAGCUCUUGAAACGACGCGCGGACAUCGAGGAGGUCUUCUUGCAGCAGGUGCCGCAGGGACAGGACGGCCUGGACGAGAAGGCUUGGUCGACCUUCCUGCGUGACGUCCAAGGGGUCAAGCUGGACGACCUCGCCAUCUCGCGGGGCUUCCUCAGGUACGCCGACGCCGCGACGAAGACCGUCACGCUCGACGGCUUCGUCUCCUUCCUCAUGUCGUCCGACAACGCUGCUAUCAAGGACGAGUCAAGGCAGGACAUGACGCGACCUCUGCCCGAAUACUUCAUCAGUUCGAGCCAUAACACCUACCUGAUCGGCAGCCAAUUCCAAGGUCAGAGUACGGUCGAAGGGUAUAUUCGUGCGCUGCAGCAGGGCUGCCGGAGCGUCGAGCUCGACGUUUGGGACGGAGACGACGGCGAGCCAGCCGUCACGCACGGCCACACGCUCACGACGAAGAUCCCGGUUCGCAACGUUCUCCAAGCGAUAGCUCAAUACGCCUUCCUCGCCUCGCCCUAUCCCGUCAUUCUCUCCGUCGAGGUGCACUGCGAGCUUGACCAGCAGGAUAAGCUCGCGGCGAUCCUGAACGAGACACUCGGCGACAAGCUCGUCAGUCGGCGGCUUGACGAGAUGGAGGCGGACAAGGACAUCGAACGGUUGCCGAGUCCCGCAGAUCUCAAGGGAAAGUUUCUGCUCAAGGCGAAGAACAAGUUCAUCACGACUUCCAAUGACAACGGGUUCCCCGUCAAGCUCGUCCCGAGCGGCGACGACUCGUCUUCCAGCGAGCAGUCCUCGCAGUCGAGCUCUGAUGGCGACUUCAAGAACAGCAAGUUCUACCGAGCUAUCCGCCAGUUCCGCAGCAGCGACAGCGGCGCCACUCGGCCCUCCAUCCUCCGCUCCCACAGCUCUCGUUCGUCAUUCGGCGCGACACCAGUUCCGAGGGCCGCUUCACCCGGUGUCUCUCCGUCGCGCAUCACGGAGAACGAGCUCUCGGUCUCACCGCCGGCCAUGGGAGCGCCGCUGCUGUCGCCGCCAGCCUUGCCAACGAACCCGAAGGACAUGGCCAUGUCGCAGGCUCUCGCCAAUCUCCUCGUGUACACGAUCGGCGUCAAAGCGCGAGGCUUCAACAAGAAGGAGAAAUACGCCGCGACGCACGUCAUCUCGCUCGGCGAGAGCCGACUCACCAAGAUGUUGCGAGACGAGGCGGCUCGACAGGACUUUGUGGCCCACAACCGAGGACACCUUACUCGAGCAUAUCCUCGAGGGAGCCGUCUGACAAGCAGCAACUUUGCACCGCACCACAUGUGGGCGGCCGGCGUCCAGCUCGUCGCGCUCAACUGGCAGACUUUCGAUGUCGGCAUGGAGCUCAACCUCGCCAUGUUCGCUCGUGCCGGCCGUUGCGGCUACGUGCUCAAGCCAGACUUCCUGCGCAAGAAGGGCGAGGAGAAGGACAAGAUCGCCGCGCUCCGCUCUGAGAAGUAUCGCCUGGAGGUCGAGGUUAUCUCGGCGCAGCAGCUCCCUCGUCCUCGCGGAUCGGGCACCGACGUGGAGCCGAUGAACCUCGACCCGUUCGUCGAAGUCAGCCUCUUCGUCCCCGGGGUCGCCACGCCUCAGAAGCGUCGCACACCUGUCGUCCUCGGCAACGCCUUCAACCCGACUUUCCGCUCGCACUCAUCCUCGACCGGGACGACGGCAUCCGCAUCCCGCUUCUCUUUCACCUUCUCGUCGCAUCCCUCCCCCGGCAUGCUCGACCUCGUCUUCGUCCGCUUCGAGGUGCUCAAUGCCAAGGGAAAUCCCAAGGCGGCGAUGGAGGAGGGGAAGGGAGAUGCUGUCGGCGCCUACACCAUCGGCGUCGGCGCGCUCAUGCCUGGCUACCGCCAUCUCCCCCUCUACGACUCAAUGGGCGACCAGCACCUCUACUCGACCCUCUUCAUCCGCUCGAAGGUCGUCCGUACCGGCCAGUCCGGCUAG